AUGGAGGCGGAGGAUGCUACUAAGAGGACGCGUCGCAGGUGCACCAGCCCAGACAAUGGCGACGGGAGUCCCCCUAGGCGCGGCAGCUCCUGGAGCUCCCCCCCUCGGACGCUGUUCAGUGUGAGAAAUCAGAAAUGGAGAUUGGCUCGGUGUGUCACUGCUUCUCCUGUGGUAGAGCACUUAGCUCUGGCUGCUGCCGACGCAUUUGUGGCGUGCUGCAACCUCGGGGUGCUGCUGGUGCUACGGCCCUCUUGGUUCCAGGAGGCAUCAGACGACGUCCGGUCUGACGUCGUUGAACUUCCUAAGCCAAGUAUUCUUUACGUGGCAAUCUUGUCCUUUGUUUGCGGGGUAGGGGGCGCCGCGGCAAAAGCCCUCAUACUGGCUUGGUGCUUGAGCGAAAGGGAGUCGUGUGCCAGUACAAGAAGAACCACAGCUGCAGAUCCCCUGGGAGUGUCCUUGACAGCUGAGCCCCUGGGCGGCUACUGUAUCUGCCCUCGCGUAAUUGGGACGCUUUACUGCUCAUGGAUUUUCGUAGUAACUUCAAUCUUUCAGCUACUGGGGGCCCCUCUAGACGCGCUUCCGUCCUCCUUACUGCUAGGCAUUUUCUUUGCAACUGUCGGCUUCCUGGGGCCAUACGCAGGCGCUGUGGCUGAAGCGUGCCGUUCUUCUCGCUGGGAAACCACAUCAUGUCACUGUGGGCUACGCGAACGAAACCAUGCAGAUGCAGCAGACGCUGCAGUGGCAACCUCCACCGCAAGUACCACCCCCGUCAAGCGCGGUCCGCGGUGCUUGCGUCCCGCCACUGCUGUUGUAUGGUGGUUUCUGAGGGUGUUAGAUGUGCUUUGCCUACCUCUUGUCUUCCUUGUUCAGAAGCUGCGGUCGAGAGCCCGCAACGGAGCCACCACCAGUGCAAGUUCUUUGGGUCCACAAGAACUUGGGAAUUUAUUGGUGUUUCUAGCUGUUACGCCAUUAGUCAUAUGCGGUCUGUUUUGUCUUGUCAGCUGCAUUUUAUUACCCAUGGAUUGGCCUACAGUUUAUGUCGUGUACCCUUCCCCCCUUGUCAUGUCUAUCACUCUGAGCUACCCAUUGGCCUGCAUGCUCAGUUUCUUUUUGCUGCUGCUGCUGCCUGUGUACACUACUUUCCCUGCUUCCUACGCACGCGCCUUGCCGGUGCUUCAGGCGCUUAUGCUAAAGCCGUCUGUGGAAUUUCCAAUAAAGAGUGUAACUGAGGAUAUCGGGGGAGGAUCCGGGUCGCCGCGAGCCUCGCCAGAUACAGUCGCCACGUGA